UGGAAACAUGUCGGCAUCUGAGACGACGACAAAGGACCUUCUUGAAGGAAAUGACUCACAAACACAAAGGGAUUCGAUUGCUGGACCAAGUCAUGUUGAGGAAGAUAAAACUUCCACUACAGUUGCUUCUGUGAAGAAGACAGAUUCCAUGGGUAGUAUGUUCGUGUCCCAGCAGCCUGUGAAAGAUAGUAAUAGAGCAAGGGAAGAGAGUGAGAAAUGGUCGCCCACCUCAUCCCCACCACACCGACCUGCGGGAGGACAUGCAGCUAAGUCCCUUUCAUCAACAUCUUCGUCUCCAUCUACAUCUUCAUCCCCUGGCCGAGCAAAGAUGACUGUUUCUGGGCCCAGCAGCAGUAAAUCGGUCCUGCCACCCGCACCUUCAUCUUCCUCCUCUGCCAUGGCUUCCUAUUCUCCUUCUGUGUCUCCGUCUCCUCCAAAGAUCCACAGGGCUCGAAAAACCAUGAACAGACCCUUUCCAAUGCAGAUGAGCCACAUUGAGUUACCUUUGACUCCUUCAGAAGCCUCCGACUCUGAAACUGCUGCUAAAAGAAGAAAACUUGGACAUCCAUCAGACAGUCUUCUUGAGAAAUUUGAGAAUGUUCCAGACAACUGUCAAACUGUGGCAAAUAAGAUUUCUACACCUUCACCAGUGAAAAGCAGCAACUGUGAGGAGGAAGUGGCCAAGAAAAUUUCAAUUUCCAGUCCAUCCAUACACAAUUCAGAUAAGUUUGAAAAUGGGGGAGAACUGAAGAAGAAUACUAAGGAAAAAGAGGGGUCAGCGAAUAUGCCAGAUUAUAGUUCAGAGUCUGAAAUGCAGCGGGCCAUCCAGAGUAAAAAUGAAAAUGAGGAAUUGUCGUGGACGCCGUCAGACCCGGACAAAGAACGAGACACAGUUGAUGUGGUGGAGACAGCAGCAGGAGGAGGAUCUAGCGAGUACACAGAGGUUCCCUUGGGUGCUCUAGACAUCGCUGCUGCAGACAGUCUGACACUGUCUCCUCAUCACGAAGGAAGCGAUGCCGGCGACACAGAGCGGCUGGAGGAGCUGCCUCUGUGCAGCUGCAGGAUGGAGGCUCCCCGUGUCGACAGCACCAGCCACCGCAUCAACAGACAAUGCAUGGCCACUGAAAGCAUCAAUGGAGAGCUGAGGGCCUGUACCAAUCGGACCCUAAAGGCAGAGACGAUGCGUCCCUCCAGCCGGGUUCCCCUCAUGGUCCUUUGUGACAUCCAUCGGUCACACAUGGUCAAACACCACUGCUGCCCUGGAUGUGGAUACUUCUGCUUAGCGGGCACAUUUUUAGAGUGCUGCCCCGACCAGCGUAUCGCUCACAGAUUCCACCGCGGUUGUGUGACGGUGCUCGGCAGUGGGCGGAGCAGGGCAAACGGGGGAGGUAUGCUUUUCUGCCCCCACUGCGGUGAAGACGCCUCAGAGGCCCAGGAGGUCACCAUCCCGUCUUUCAGCUCAGUUACAGCCUCCGCGACCACCGUUGUCACCAUGUCGGCAUCCUCCACCACCACUCCAUCCCUGCCUCCAUCUGCGCCCUCCGCACCCUCGCUCACAGCCUCCACAGGUGGGACGAAGGACGGGAAGAUGCCUGAAAGACCUGUCAGCGCUCGGAUGCGGAGUCACGGUUUGAUAACGUUGGCGGUGGAGCAGCAGCAGCCCCCACAGUCGGUCGCCUCAGCUGCCACUGCGGCCGCUGUCCCACCAGCAGAAGAGGGAGUGGACAGUGUCGGGCCGUCUCUGUGUAUGCCCAAUGGAAAACCCAUCAGCCCCAGUGCACUUCCUCCUGGGCCCAGCAGGGCAGCGCUUCAGAAGGCCAUUCUGACACAGGACACAGAGAGGAGGAAAAAACUGCGUUUCCACCCCCGCCAGCUGUACCCCGCUGCCAAACAAGGUGAAGUGCAGAGAGUUCUUCUAAUGCUCAUGGAGGGUAUAGAUCCCACAUACCAGCCUGACUCUCAGAACCGACGUUCUGCUCUCCACGCUGCAGCUCAGAGAGGUCUACUGGAAGUUUGCUACAUGUUGGUGCAGGCUGGAGCUCAACUCGACGCCCAGGACAAAGAAAUGAGAACCCCUCUUUUAGAAGCCAUUAUCAAUAAUCACUUGGAAGUGGCUCGAUAUCUGGUGCAGAGUGGAGCCUGUGUCUAUCAUGUUGAGGAGGAUGGAUACACUGGCCUCCAUCAUGCAGCGAAACUGGGAAACCUGGAAAUAGUGACCUUGCUCCUGGAGACUGGGCAGGUUGAUGUAAACGCACAGGACAGCGGUGGCUGGACGCCGAUCAUCUGGGCUGCAGAGCACAAACAUGUUGAUGUGAUCAAAGCUUUGCUGAACAGAGGAGCCAAUGUCACUGUUAAAGACAAGGAGCUGAAUGUGUGUCUCCACUGGGCGGCAUAUGCAGGGAAUGUGGACAUAGCGGAGUUGGUGUUGAACGCCGGCUGCUCCCUCUCAUCAGUGAACAUGCAUGGAGACACCCCACUUCACAUCGCUGCCAGAGAGGGCUACUUAGAAUGUGUUGUGUUGUUCCUCUCCAGAGGUGCAGAUAUCGACAUUAUGAACAGAGAAGGCGACACUCCCCUCUCCCUCGCACGAGCCGACACACCGGUGUGGGUCUCACUCCAGAUCAACAGGAAGCUACGAAGAGGGAUUACUAAUCGAAUGCUUCGGACCGAGAGAAUCAUCUGCAGUGACAUUGCACAGGGCUAUGAGAAUGUGCCCAUCCCUUGUGUGAAUUCAGUGGACGAUGAAGGUUGUCCUUCUGACUACAAAUAUGUCUCAGAGAACUGUGAAACAUCAGCAAUGAACAUAGACCGCAACAUUACACAUUUACAGCACUGUAGCUGCACAGACGACUGCUCAUCUAGUAACUGCCUCUGUGGACAGCUCAGUAUCCGUUGCUGGUAUGACAAGGACCAGCGGCUGCUGCAGGAGUUCAAUAAAAUUGAACCUCCACUUAUAUUUGAAUGCAACAUGGCAUGUUCCUGCUACAGAACGUGUAAGAACCGGGUCGUGCAGGCAGGAAUCAAGGUUCGUCUUCAGCUCUACAGGACAGAGAAGAUGGGUUGGGGUGUUCGAGCUUUGCAGGACAUUCCCCAGGGAAGCUUUAUCUGCGAAUAUGUGGGAGAGCUGAUCUCUGAUGCAGAAGCAGAUGUUAGAGAAGACGACUCAUAUCUGUUUGACCUGGACAACAAGGAUGGGGAGGUGUAUUGCAUCGAUGCUCGUUACUAUGGCAACAUCAGCCGCUUUAUCAAUCACCUGUGCGACCCCAACCUCAUCCCAGUGCGUGUCUUCAUGUUGCACCAGGACCUGAGGUUUCCCCGCAUUGCCUUCUUCAGCUCCAGAGACAUCCUGAGUGGACAAGAGCUGGGGUUCGACUACGGAGACCGCUUUUGGGACAUUAAGAGCAAGUAUUUCACCUGUCAGUGCGGAUCAGAAAAAUGCAAACACUCGGCUGAGGCCAUCGCUUUGGAGCAGAGCCGACUGGCCCGACUGGAGGCCUGCCCCGAGUCGGCCAUUGACUGCGGGAUGACCAUGAUAGGAAACUCUUAGAACACUUCAUACAUCAGUUUUACACGCACAAUAGUAAAAGAGACAAAACCGUGAGGAUUAACUGCAUUUCACUCUGUGUUUUUUGACGUAUGGUGCUGUUUUUUUUGUUCUUUUUUUUUUUUUACAUCAAAACUUGAUUUCCUGCCACUCAACACUCACUAUAAAGGAUCAGGCCUUAAUAUACUUUUAAUCUGUGUGGUAUUACAGAAAGUAGCAGGUGUUGGAACUCAUACAGUUACUGUAUUCAACAUAUAUGGUUGCUUUGCCAGAUGAAAUUAGUGCAUCGGAUCCUUUAUCAUGAUGCAUUUUAACACAUAAUGGGUCGACCUCAACCCAUAUAGGACUCACUAAGGACCUGUGGGAUAGCAUUUGAUGAUUGUGUUAGUUUUAUUUUGUUAUUUUUUUAUACAUAUUGUUUUCCUUUAUUAUGUAUAGUGUAAUAAAUUAGCUCAUGAGUUGAUCUUUGGGCUCUUGUA